AUGGCGAUCAACGACUGGGGUCUGCUUUCCCAACCGGAUGAGGAUGCGCUGCACAAUGUAGCCCGCCUACUAGCUGUCGAAGCACGCCCAUACACAAACACGGCCAGCCGCAUACUCAAGCCAGACUUCUUCGAGGAUGCGCGCCCCAGACAACUUCCCUCCCCGCCCCCGGAUGCCUCAGGCGCAGAGGAAGAGGCCGCAGCAGUCGCUGUCGAGCGCGAGCAACAAGCGCACAAGAUCGAGAUAUGGCGGAAAGACAUCAUGAACGAGCUAUCACUGCUGGACUUUGCGAUUGUUCGAUCCGAAUUCACCACGAAUAGCAACCACACCGAGCGCGCGCGUUACGCCGAUGAGAAGACGGCCAUCGAGGCAAAGCAGGAGCACGUGCGCAAGAACAUAGAGAACCUGCGCGUCAGACUGGUCGAGGCGAAAGAGACGCUGGCCGUGCGCAAGACGUACGACGAGCUCACGGAAAAGAUCACCAACAGCAAGAUGCUGAAGCCACGGGACGAGCAAGCACACGCCCACGAGAAGCUGGACCAGGAGAUAGAGGAGCUCAAUUCAGAAGUCCGGUUGGCUAAGGCUACCUGGAAGGAGCGACGCACGCAGUUCGGACGAAUCGAGGAAGAAGCACGCGGCAUGUUGCGCAUGAUCAAGGACGAGAAGGAGGAGGCUGAGCGCAAGGAGGGCAUGAUGAAGGAUGGUGACGAAGAUGGCGAAGGCGAGGGCAGCACCUCCAGAGGAGACGCUAGCCAUGCCGGUACACCGCGACCAGAUGGUGGCAUGACACCUGGGCAUGCCAGCCAGAGCGGAGACGGCUCUUCGUCCCUACGCGUACCACCACAAGAUCGCCUGAAGCCUCUAUCACGGGAAGCUAGCGCCGCGCCCUCACCUGCUAGAUCUGGUGCCGCCGAUGACACAGAGAUGGCAGACCUUGGAGCACACUCAGGAGAUGCCAAUGAUGGUGACUCUUCUGGUCUGGAAGAGGGCGAGGAUCUUGAAGAUGGGGAGGAGGAUGGCGAAGAUCGCACAGACACCAAGAUGGACGAAUCGUGA